ACUAAUUCCCUUUUCUACCAGUCACCAUGAAGACAGCAGCGGUCCUCCUGGCUCUCUCUCUCCUCCACACCUGCUCUCCUGUUCCCAUCAGACGUCCACCAAACUGGCUCAGACAAUGUCGAGCCUCCACCAACCUCUCCAUCACGGCACUGGAGGUGCUGCCAGGUGGAGGCUAGGACAACCUCCGGAACAUGGACAUGGGUCGGGUCAUGAAUCUCAGCUACUUUCGGUGUCAUACCACUGAAGACGGACUCUAUCUCAUCCCAGACGAAGUGUUCAUCAUCCCUCACAAGGAGACGGGCGUGGAGACCAGCUCAGAGAUCAUCAGCUCCUGGCUGGAGCAGAAAAGCUCCACAUCUGAGACCGUUAACGCAGACAUGUCCUUCACUUCUGUGCUAAAGGCUAAAUUUUCUACUGAGAACCAGAAAAUGAAAACGCACCAGGUCAAAGACUCUGCAACUACAACUAGAGUGCAGGUUCGUAACUUCAUCUACACAGUCAAGGCUUACCCAGACUUUGCUCUGGACGAACGUUUUGCUCAACAAGCCAAGGAAAUCGCUGAUGCAAUAGAAAACAACCAGACGAGGAACGCCGACUAUCUCUCAGAGAGAAUGGUUCUGGAUUAUGGAACACACGUGAUCACUAGUGUUGAUGCAGGAGCCGCUUUAGUGGAGGACGACUACCUUAGUUCUUCAUAUGUCUCAGACAGUGUGUCAGACCAGACCACCAUCAAAGCACAAGCUGGUUUUAACUUUUUUGACAAACUCAAGUUUGACAUCAGCAGUCAAAGUACCCAACAGAGCUCCUCCAGCCAAACCUAUCAAACCAACCUUCAUUACUCCUUAAUGCAAAGUCAUGGGGACACAUCUUUCUAUCCUGGCAUCACUCUGCAGAAGUGGCAGGAAAAUAUCAGGAACAACCUGGUUGCUAUCGAUCGGUCUGGAUUCCCACUUCACUACUUCAUAAACAUCAACACCUUACCUGAUCUGCCACAGCCCACAGUUGGAAAAGUGUCUCUGAGAGUCAGUCAGGCCAUAGAGCGAUACUAUGAAGUCAACACCCGCCCUGGCUGCGUAGACGUCAACUCCAAGAACUUCAACUUUCAGGCCAACGUUGACGAUAGUUCCUGCGAUGGUCCUGCCACAAACCUCAGUUUUGGUGGCGUCUAUCAAGUGUGCAUCAAGAUUAGUGCAGAUGCUGAUCCACUUUGUGAUGCUCUGGCACAGAAAAACCCAGAAACAGGCGGCUUCUCCUGUCGUCCACCUUAUACCCAGACUCUACUGAGAUCAGAAAUGAGACAACAGGGUUACCACAAGUAUGAGUGUUACGACCAGAGAUAUAGAUGUGGGCUUUUCCAUCUUUCACACUGCCAUCGUCAAGUGUGUCAGAACAACUACUAUGUUCAAUCUGCCCGAAUCAACACUUACUGGUGCUCUGUCAGUGGAAAAGCCCCAGAGAACUCAGGGUAUCUCUUUGGAGGCAUAUACAGCCCGUCCCUCCUAAAUCCUAUCACCAAUGCUAAAAGCUGCCCCCCAAACUUCAUUCCAGUAAAAUUUCUCUCUGACGGCCAGAUCAUCUGUGUGAGCAAUGACUAUGAAACCGGUACCAGGUAUGCAGUACCCUUUGGAGGCCUCUUCAGCUGCCAGUCCACCAACCUGCUGGCAGGGUCUAAACGUCGCUGCCCUCCCAGGUUCAGUCAGCACCUUGCUACCGUGAGCGACGGCUGUGAAAUCCUUUACUGCGUCCAGUCAGGUCUGUUCACAGGUGGACAGCUGCAGCCAAUCCAUCUGCCCCCAUUUACUAAACCUCCACUUAUCAGCAUGCACGCCACCAAAACAGUGUUGGUGAUGAAAGAGGGAGAGCAGAGCUGGGUCAGAGUGGGGCAGUCCAACAAUUGGAAACUGACCAAACCAGACGAAAUCAAGGCAAUUGUAGAAAAGCUUAAUCCAGAACUGAAUGAGAUGUCUAGUGGAAAGAAGGCAGGAGUCGCCUUUGGGGUGUUCGGCACGGUGGCACUGGUGGUCAUAGUGGCAGCGGUCCUGAUGAAGAGACCAGGCAGACGGCCUUGGGUUAGCAGAGCUAGAGGCUACGACGAAAUACGUGGAGAGGCUGAAUCAGAUGAUGCAGUUGGUGAGAAGCAGCAAAUUGUACCUUGAACAACAGAGGAAUGCAGGACUGAUGUCUUCUGAUAUGUUUUAUUAUUUCAGAAAUAUAAUUAUUAGGAUGUAUUUCUUCCUUAAUUGCUUGACGUGUAAAUAAAGUCAUUAUAAUUACUUUUUAAUUAUUUGGAGUCAAGUCUUAAACUUAAGAAGUUAAUGGUGAAAUGAACGUUACAAAAUGCCAAGGCAUUUAAACUGUGAGUGUGUCAGGUUUUCGUUCUUGGUUUUAUUUUGAAAGGACUCUUCUGUUUUCGAUCCCAGUUUCCUGUUUUAUUUUGGUAGUCUCCCGGUCUCUGUUUUGUGUUCUAGCUUCACUUCCGGGUUAUGUCACGUCACAGCUGUUCUUGUUUCACCCGGUCAUUAUUCACACCUGCACGUCAUCAGUAAUCGAGUCCCGUUGUAUUUAACCACCACCUGUGUCCUUAGUUCCCUGCCAGAUUGUUGUGUUUCUUCAGUGUCCCAGUUUCAUCAGCGUAUUCGAGUUCCAUGAGUGUAUGUAUGUUUCAUCGCCUGACCCUGGACUGCUACUGACCGUGAGUUUGUCUCAUCCCUACCUGUACUUUUGCUGAGCCUCUUUGUGUACGAACCCUGCCUGGACAUUGGACUCGAGAUUGCCUGCUCCCCUUGUUACUGCUUUAAACCCUCCUGUGUAUGACCUGGACCG